AAUUGACCAUUUGCAAUUUAAAAGGAGUCAUUUGAUGAAACACCAGCUCUAACAUGUUUCUGGCAUAUUAUUAUUACUGUGUUCAUUGUUAAUCUAAUAAAGAAACACAAAAAGACCACGUUCUUAUAUGAACACAGUAACACAAUGCCAGUCGCACACUGCCCAAUACCAGGAUGCGAGUACGUGACGGAGGACGUUGAGGUAGCAAUCGUGGCUGCACUUAUUACGGCUCAUUCCAUGGUCCACGCCCCAGGCCCAUCCGCCAAAAUUGAGAGGGUCAAGCGACCAACAAUUGCGUUAGCUGGUACCAGUGAGGACUGGGCUUAUUUCUUAUCGCGUUGGACAGAUUAUGUCGCUGCUACCAAACUCGAAGGUCGCACCAAAGUGGUUCAGUUAUUAAAAUGUUGUGAUGAACCUCUCAGAAAGGACUUGACACGUACAAAUGGUAACACCCUUACAGAACUUACUGCAGAUCAGGUGCUCACAGCCAUCAAGGCACUAGCCGUUCGCGAGGAGAAUACAAUGGUUGCAAGAGUUAAUCUACAUAACAUGAAACAAGAUCGUGAUGAAACCGUGAGAAGUUUCGGUGCGCGUAUACGUGGUCAAGCAGGUGUUUGCAAGUUUUAUGUGAAAUGUGCCAACUGUGCUUCAGACGUCAAUUACACUGACGCCAUUCUUCGCGAUGUACUCACAAAAGGACUUGCCGACCCAGACAUACAGCUAGACCUCCUGGGCGACAGUAACCAGGAGAUGAAUCUGGAGGACGUGUUUAAGUUCGUAGAAGCGAAAGAGGCGGGAAAGCGCUCAGCUUCGAAACUUUUGGACUCCAAUGCAGUGGCAGCUGCAAGCAGCUCUUAUCGAAAGCUCAAGCACGUAAAUCAGCCGACGCCCAAGGACAAAACAGAAACAUGCACAUAUUGUGGUACCAGAGGUCACGGAAAAAGCUCCACAUCUAGUGUUCGACGAAAUGAGUGCCCAGCAUAUGGACACAUAUGCGACUUGUGUAAUCGCAAUCAUCAUAUUGAAAGUGUUUGUCGUAGUAAAGAUAAGCCUAAACUUAACAGAAACAUUAACACAUUCUCAAAGAAUUCAGCUGUAUUUGAUGCUUUAUGUACUGUUAAUGAUACUUUUGUUAAUGCCUUUGACGAUUCUAGCACGUUAAGUGAGUCUGGUGUUGAGCGUGCAUUACGCAUUGACCACCAUGUAUAUGAUAAACUUUCAGACACAUGGGUUAAGAAACGAUCAGCCUCUCAACCAUUUGUUAAUGUUGUUGCUACAGUUUCUCAUGAUGAUUACUCUGCCCUUGGUUUUGACUUGAAAAACAAAUGCUUUAUUUCAGCUACUAUACCUGCCAUGGCAGAUACAGGAUGCCAGAGUUGCCUAACUGGUUUGAAAGUCCUCAACAAGCUAGGCCUGCGCGAAUCAGACCUCAUCCCAGUGACCAUGAACAUGCAUACAGCAACAAAUGUUGGAAUCAAGAUCAUCGGUGCUACGAUACUCCGCUUGCGUGCCACUAACGAUACAGGCAUACCGAUAGAGACCCGACAGAUGACUUACGUAUGUGAUACCACUGACAGGAUGUUCCUCAGCAGAGAAGCCUGCUCAGCACUAGGUAUUAUUCCCGAUGCCUUCCCUGCGGUUGGUGCAUACGCAGCAAAUGCUGUCACGGUGAAUCCCCACCCAUCACCAUUGGCAACGCAUCCAUGUGACUGUCCCAAACGCCAAAUGCCCCCUCCCCCUCCCACAAGGAUGCCAUUCCCUGGCACAUCUGAGAAUUUACAGCGUUUAAAAACCUUCCUCCUAGACCACUACAGUGCUAGUACUUUCAACACAUGUGAGCAUCAACCACUGCCUUUGAUGGACACACCCCCGAUGAAACUCAUGGUAGACGACACUGCGGAACCCAUUGCCCAUCAUACACCCAUACCUGUCCCUAUUCACUGGCGUGAGUCGGUCAAGGCCGGUUUAGACCAAGAUGUCCGUUUAGGCGUCAUAGAGCCAGUCCCAAUCGGUGAACCCGUGACAUGGUGUCAUAGGAUGGUCAUAUGCGCAAAGAAAAACGGUGAGCCUCGCAGGACAGUCGACUUCCAAGCCCUCAAUGCUAACGCAACACGUGAAACCCAUCAUACCCAAUCACCAUUUUACCAAGCCCGUUCUGUCCCACAUGGCAAAAAGAAAACAGUGUUUGAUGCUUGGAACGGUUACCACAGUGUACCAAUACGCGAAGAAGACCGUCACCUGACGACAUUUAUCACUCCAUGGGGACGAUACAGGUAUAAAACAGCACCCCAGGGGUACAUUGCAUCCGGUGACGGAUACACACGAAGGUACGAUGAACUUGUCUCAGACUUCCCUAACAAGACGAAAUGCGUAGAUGACGUGUUGCUAUGGUCUGAUUCCAUAGAAGAAAGUUUCUUUCAGGCAGUUCGUUGGUUGGACUUAUGUGGCAAGAACGGCAUUACCCUAAACCCCACGAAGUUUGCCUUUGCUGAGGACACAGUAGAAUUUGCAGGGUUUGAGUUAACACAAGACAACGUCCGUCCAUGCAAGAAGUUCCUUCGAGCAAUCCUCGACUUUCCAACACCGAAGAAUAUAACUGACAUACGUUCGUGGUUUGGGCUUGUCAAUCAAGUUGCGUAUGCAUUCAGUAUGGCCGACAAGAUGAUACCAUUCCGACAACUGUUGAAGUCAAAUGUGCCAUUCCGCUGGACAGAAGAACUACAAGACUUGUUUGAAGACUCCAAACGCGUCAUUGCCGGUGAGAUCGAAAUGGGUGUUCGAAUAUUUGAUCCUAACAAACCAACGUGCUUGGCAACAGAUUGGUCAAAAGAUGGCAUAGGUUUCUUUCUGCUCCAGAAACACUGUCCCUGUCCCAUUUCCAAACCAUUUUGCUGCAAUGAUGGUUGGAAGAUUACCCUUGUCGGAAGCCGUUUUACACAUAGCGCAGAAUCCAGAUAUGCCCCAAUCGAAGGUGAGGCCCUAGCUGUGGCAGAUGCUUUAGAUAAGGCAAGGUAUUUCGUUUUAGGGUGCAAUCAAUUGAUCGUUGCUGUUGACCACAAGCCGUUGCUGAAGGUGCUCGGUGAUAGAUCUCUUGAGGACAUCUCUAACCCACGUCUACGUAACCUGAAAGAAAAGACGCUGCGCUAUAAGUUCCGAAUAGUCCAUAUCCCUGGUGUCAAACAUCGGGCAACUGACUGUUUAUCUCGACACCCGACUGGCGACCCAGAAAAAAUGGAACUCGCAGAUGAUAUAGCUUCAGUACAGUCUCUUUUGCCUAUUUUCACUCACAACCCUUCGCUGAUGAAUGGACUUCGUACCUCGGACACAGAUUUGCUGAUUGACGACACCGUGAAGAUUGCAGCAGUUUCUUCAUUGAAUGCCAUUCAAUCAGUUACUUGGGAUCGCGUUCGCGCUGCCACUUCAAGUGACCCAGAUCUGCACACUUUACUGGGUAUUAUCGAGUCUGGUGUGCCGGACAAUCGCCAGGAGAUCCCAGCGACACUAAGAGAGUUUUUUUCCUUUUCGAGAUCACUUGCACACGGCAGACGGAGUGAUUCUCUACAAAGAUCGAGUGGUCAUUCCACCAUCUCUUAGA